AUGCAGACUGCUUCUACAGACAUUUGUGAAAGAAUGGGUCGCUCUCAGGAACUCAGUGAAUUCAAGUGUGGUACCAUGAUAGGUUGCCACCUGUGCAAUAAGUCCAUCCGUGAAAUUUCCUUGCUACUAAAUAUUCCACGGUCAACUGCUAGUGGUAUUAUAACAGAGUGGAAGCAACUGGGAACAACAGCAAAUCAGCCACAAAGUGAGCAGGGUCAGCGUAUGCUGAAAAGCACAGUGCACAGAAGUCGCCAACUGUCUGCAGAGUCAAUAGUUAAAGACCUCCAAACUUUGUGUGGCCUUCAGAUUAGUACAACAGUGCUUCAUGAAAUGGGUUUCCGUGGCCAA